AUGAAGGCUGACUCACAGGAUACAGAGGCAGUUGACAAUGCAUCGGUAAAGAGCGACAUAGCAGCAAAAGAAGAACACGUGGAAAUGAAGGCUGACUCACAGGAUACAGAGGCAGUUGACAAUGCAUCAGUACAGAGCGACGAAGCAGCAAAAGAGGAACAUGUGGAAAUGAAGGCUGACUCACAGGAUGCAGAGACAGUUAACGAUGGAAUUGUAUGCGCUAAAAAUAAAUUCAUUACACCAUCGGUACAGAGCGACGAAGCAGCAAAAGAGGAACAUGUGGAAAUGAAGGCUGACUCACAGAAUGCAGAGACAGUUAACGAUGCAUCGGUAAAGAGCGACAUAGCAGCAAAAGAAGAACAUGUGGAAAUGAAGGCUGACUCACAGGAUACAGAGGCAGUUGACAAUGCAUCAGUACAGAGCGACGAAGCAGCAAAAGAGGAACAUGUGGAAAUGAAGGCUGACUCACAGGAUGCAGAGACAGUUAACGAUGGAAUUGUAUGCGCUAAAAAUAAAUUCAUUACACCAUCGGUACAGAGCGACGAAGCAGCAAAAGAGGAACAUGUGGAAAUGAAGGCUGACUCACAGGAUGCAGAGACAGUUAACGAUGCAUCGGUAAAGAGCGACAUAGCAGCAAAAGAAGAACAUGUGGAAAUGAAGGCUGACUCACAGGAUACAGAGGCAGUUGACAAUGGUUAUUUGGGUUACUUUCUGAAUGCCUCCAUACUAAAAGAUGGCUGA